GCGCACCACGCUCCGCCGCGCUCCUACAACAGCCCGCCGCCGAUAUCCACCUCCGACCCCACGGCCAACGAGUGCAAACUCGUCGAUUACAGAGGACAGAAGGUCGCCGCUUUCAUCAUCGCCGGCGAUACCAUGCUGUGUCUUCCGCAAGCCUUCGAGCUCUUCCUCAAACACCUCGUCGGAGGACUGCACACGGUUUACACCAAACUCAAAAGGCUCGACAUCGUGCCGCUGGUUUGUAACGUCGAGCAGGUCAGGAUCUUGAGAGGACUCGGUGCCAUUCAACCGGGGGUUAACAGAUGCAAACUACUCUCAUGCAAAGACUUCGACACACUCUACAGAGACUGCACUACAGCCAGGCCCGGACGUCCUCCGAAGCGAGCGCCGGUGGGUCUCAGCCUCGCUGCAUCGCAUCUUCAACAGCAACAGCUCAAGAAACAACGCCUCGACAACGGUGAUUAUCCGUACGAAAACGGACACAUGGGUGCCGAGUUUCCACUUGACAUAAUGAUGCGAAGAGAUAUGUCAAGACUAGAAAAAUCGCCGCUCUUGGCGAACGGUUACAAUCAUCCUCCUCAUUUAAGUCACAUGCAGUUUAUGCAACUUCCUCAUCCGGCGGCUGCACAUUCGGCACUUUUGUCGCCCGCCAUGCCACACAAUCUCACAAGACACGACGGUUCCGUCAUAAAGAAUCAAGGAAUGCCCACGAUGGAGGCUAUUGCGAGGUCAGGCAUAUGGGAAAACUGCAGAGCCGCGUACGAAGACAUCGUCAAACAUUUAGAAAGGUUAAGGGAGGAGAGGUGCGAUCCAGACAGACCACUACCCUUAGACCAAAAAGCCAGGGAUCUCAGUCCAAGAAACGGCUCUCCGACCGAUCACAGUCCCGUGUUGAAUCUGUCGAAGAGCGGCGGCGGCAGCGCCGGAUCGUUAGGUGACGGCGACCAUUCGGGGAGCGAAGCUGACGGGCCGGAUGUUCCGCCGUCACCGAGGUCGCCGAGGUCCGCCGCCGAAGACGAGGACGACGACAAUAUCUCCGACCCGGAGGACGACGACGACAAGGAUCAAGACAUGGACGAAGGAGAUCUGCCUCUGCCAGCCGCUCCCGGCGGCGACUCCCAGCAAGCAGCGUUGAACUACUCGACUCUUGCGAGUGCGGUGGCUUCGGCCAACGGUCCUAGUCAAGAUCCCAGCAUCUCCUCGACAGAGACGCUCCUCCGCAACAUCCAGGGACUCCUCAAGGUGGCGGCGGACAACGCCCGCCAGCAGGAGCGCCAGAUCAACUACGAGAAAGCCGAAUUGAAGAUGGACGUGCUUCGAGAAAGAGAAGUGAAAGACAGUUUAGAAAGACAACUGGUCGACGAACAAAAAAUGCGAGCAUUGGUACAGAAACGUCUCCGGAGGGAGCGUCGCGCCCGGCGACGACUCCAAGAUCAACUGGAAGCCGAAGUCAAAAGACGCACCCUGAUGGAAGAGGCCCUUAAGGCGGCGGGGGCCGGAGAACAGCUCAGGAUAAUUAAUGAAAAACUGGCGCAGACGGAGCAGAAGGUCAGCAACCAGAAGGUAACCACAAGCUCAACCCCAAACCAGAGCAUCUCCUCAGAGCGUGAGAGAGUAUCGGAACGUGUCGAAAGGAUGGAAAGAGAACGUGUGGAAAGUCCACCGCCGGCAUAUGGGCAGCAAACUGUCCGAGAACCGCCGCCACCUCCGCCCGAAAAUAAGCCCUGGGGCUAUUCCGGAAUCGACCUCAUGAAUACCGGAGCCGCCUUCUGGCAGAAUUACUCCGAAUCCUUAGCGCAAGAACUAGAAUUGGAGAGAAAAUCCCGCCAGCAACAAGUUGAGAGAGACGUGAAGUCACCGCUUCAAGAUCGUUCCGGGUAUUACAAAAAUUCCAUGCUGUUCACAAGCACGGCUACAUAAACAUAACGUACGAGUUUCGCUUAGAUAACAGUAUAAAGUAGGUUUUAGAUCAGAGCGUACAGUGCUUAGCAAUGUUUCGAUUGGUAUUAUACAUUUUUCGAGUCGUUUUAAACGAACACGCUGUAGAUAUUGAUUAAGUUUUUUCUUUUGUAUGUCUGUAUACUAAAAUACGUCCAUUGUCGUGGAGCAUAUCAGUUUACUUUGAUUUUUUAAGACUGAUUUUGGGCAUGGAGAGGAAAGACAGCAAUUUCCGUACAUAACUUUUUUUAUUGCUCAGAAUUCACUUAGUGUAAAUAAAAGCACAACCUGUAUAUAAUUUCUAUUUUGUAAUCCAAUUCAAUUCAUUACUUUAAAAUGUGACUGUUUAAAAUUAUUCUAAUUAAAUAUUUCUGCUUUACAUGUACAUAAAUGAGCGUCAAGAUAUAAACCUGUAGAGAAGUCAUUUUUCAUGUAACAACGCAGAAUAGAAAAUUGUAUAUUAAAUUUUUUAUAAAGUCUAAAGUUUUGCAUAUCCAUGUAAACUUACAUUUAAUGAUAAAAAUAAUAAAACGUUGGUAUUUAACCGACAAAGUUCGUUUGUACAUUAUUUCGUAAUCUAAAAUAUUUUACACAAUGUAGUAUUUUCUGACGAAAAAGUAUACGCCAUUUUGACAAUCAUUGUCAGAAAUUUUUAAAAAUAUCAAUAAGUAUUGUUGUUUGUUUAAACUCAGUAUUAUCUCAGAUUAGGUGCAAUACUGAAACCACAAAUUAUACGAACGAUAGUGUUCUUAAUAUAGCACAGUUUUUUUCUUACUUACUUAUAUCAUAAGUAGGAUAAUUUAUAAACUGUUCGUGUUAGACUAUGUAAGAGGCAGUGUGUAUGUAUUUAUUGUAAAUAGAUGUAUGUGUGUGCCUUGUAGAAAAUAAAACAUAA